AUUUGGUCUGGCUAGGGUCGAAUAUCCUCAAGAGUGGCCUCGAGCUUGGCCAAAAUCGCCAAAAUGGCUUCUGGAAGGGCAAUACUGAAAGGGCUAUACCCGGUUACCAAAUUCGCGUUUUGUCUCAUAGACUCAUCAGAAGUAGACUCAUCAUACCGCUUGUAAAUUCACAUUUGUUAAGCUUUAAUUUCUCAUUCGCUUUUGUAAUUCUCUGAGCGAUAUCUGGUGUGCUUACCUUUAUGCUUCCAGAGAUAAAUUCGUAAGUUGGGUCUACCAAAUGCAUGAGAUACCACGGUUAUAUAUCAUUUUGGAUGCGCAGACACUAUGAAAAAAUUGCAGAUUUGAGAAUGCACAUUAUAUACCACGCUUUGAUGAAGGCUAAGGCUAGGUUUUAGGUUGGCUGGAAGGCCAGAUCCUUUCCCGUCGCCGUCGAGAAGAGCAACAAAAUAGAGGGAGGAGUCCACGGUUUGUGGAAGAACAUUAGUCGGUUGGAAUAACAGGUUCUUUCCCGUCACCGUCGAGAAGAGCAGAUCUCAGUGGGAAGGCUAGCUCCUUUCCCAUCGCCGUCGAGAAGAGCAACAGAGCAGAGGCUAUCUCAAAGAAAUAGAGAUGCAGAGGAAGAAGAUGAAUCACGAUGAUGGUUUUGCUAGGGCUUUCAGACGAGCUGCUGAUGGUUUUUGUUCCGAGGAAAUUUCUUUCUUUCUUCUACCUUUCUUUGCCGAGUUGCAAAGCGGAAUACUUAUAUUUGUUUAAAGCCACGUCACUGUACACCCUGGCCGGUGUGGCUAGUGUGUUAAAAUAUUGGCUGAUCCCUAGUAGGACUCUUUUUUGAGGGCCUAUGAAUUUCAUCAAAGCUUUGAAUCACAGACCCGCCUUCAAACCAAGCAUAAAUCUCUCAAUCCUAGAGGCCCACUUGCCCAAAUGCCAAAGUCCCAAACAGCUGAACCAAGUCCUCUCCCAAAUGAUCUUCACUGGGUUCAUCAGGGACACCUUUGCUGCCAGUAGAGUGCUCAAGUGCUCGGCCGACUCACCCUUCGUUCACAUUGAUCACUCCCUCCAAAUAUUCAACCACAUCGAUAACUCAAAUGGCUUCAUUUGGAACACCAUGAUGAGAGCAUAUGUGCAAAGAAACUCUCCUGAAAAGGCUAUAUGCUUGUACAAGUUGAUGUUGGAUAGGAAUGUGGGUUGCGAUAAUUACACGUACCCAAUUCUAGUGCAAGCCUGUACUAUCCGGUUAUCGGAAUUUGAAGGGAAAGAGCUGCAUAAUCACGUUUUGAAAACGGGUUUUGAUUCGGAUGUUUAUGUACAGAACACAUUGAUUAACAUGUACGCAGUUUGUGGAAAUAUGGGUGAUGCACGUCACUUGGUUGAUGAAAGUCCAGUUUUGGAUUCAGUUUCAUGGAAUUCAAUUUUGGCAGGGUAUGUUCAGAUAGGGGAUGUUGAUAAUGCCAAUUAUAUAUAUGAUAUGAUGCCGGAAAGGAACACAAUUGCUUCAAAUUCUAUGAUUGUAUUGUUUGGUAGGACAGGUCGCCUGAUUGAGGCUCUUCAGUUAUUUAAUGAGAUGCCAGAGAAAGAUAUGGUGUCAUGGAGUGCAUUGAUUUCUUGUUAUGAGCAAAAUGAGAUGUACGAGGAAGCUUUGGUUCUGUUUAUGAAAAUGAAGGCUAAUGGAAUUAUGGUCGAUGAGGUUGUGGUGGUUAGUGUUCUUUCUGCGUGUGCUCAUUUAUCACUUGUCAAGAUAGGGAAAAUCAUCCACGGCUUGGUUGUGAAAAUUGGCAUUGAAUCUUAUGUUAACCUUCAAAAUGCUUUUAUUCACAUGUAUUCAACAUGUGGGGACAUAAUAGCAGCCCGAAAACUGUUCAAUGGAGGCUGCCACUUGGAUCAGAUAUCUUGGAACUCCAUGAUAUCUGGCUACUUGAAAUGCGGAUCAGUUGAAAUUGCCAAGGAGUUAUUUGAUUCCAUGCCCAACAAGGAUGUCGUGUCUUGGAGUGCAAUGAUAUCGGGGUAUGCUCAGCAUGACCGUUUCUCAGAGACAUUGGCACUCUUCCAGGAGAUGCAGCUUGAUGGACUUAGCCCCGAUGAGACAACUUUGGUUAGUGUAAUAUCAGCUUGCACUCACCUGGCUGCCCUUGAUCUAGGCAAAUGGAUUCAUGCUUAUAUAAAGAAGAAUGGUCUAAAGGUUAACGUCAUCUUGGGUACAACCCUAAUAGACAUGUACAUGAAAUGUGGGUGUGUGGAAAAUGCAUUGGAAGUUUUUUAUGGCAUGGUGGAAAGGUGGGUUUCAACUUGGAAUGCUCUCAUUCUUGGUUUGGCAAUAAAUGGGUUGGUAGAUAAGUCGCUUGACAUGUUUUCCGAGAUGAAGAGAUGUGGUGUAGAGCCUAAUGAAAUAACAUUUAUGGGAGUUCUUGGGGCUUGUCGACACAUGGGCUUAGUAGAUGAAGGGUAUCGACACUUCAAUUCAAUGAUUCAAGAGCACAAGAUAGAACCCAAUAUUAAGCACUACGGAUGCAUGGUGGACCUUCUAGGGCGUGCCGGUAUGCUCAAAGAAGCAGAGCAACUCAUCGAAACUAUGCCCAUGGCACCAGAUGUUGCUACCUGGGGUGCCUUGCUUGGGGCUUGCAAGAAACAUGGUGACAAUAAAAUGGGAGAGAGGGUAGGAAGAAAGCUCAUUGAGUUUCAACCUGACCAUGAUGGUUUCCAUGUGUUAUUGUCCAAUAUAUAUGCUUCAAAAGGUAAUUGGGAUGGUGCUCUUGAAGUUAGGGGCAUGAUGAUGCGACAUGGGGUGGUGAAGACCCCAGGUUGUAGCAUGAUUGAAGCAAAAGGAGUAGUUCAUGAAUUUCUAGCUGGAGAUAAGACCCAUCCUUGGAUGAAGGAGAUUGAGGAUAAGCUGGAUGAAAUAGCUAAGAAAUUAAAAAUGGAAGGUUAUGCACCAGACACAAAUGAAAUUUCCCUUGAUAUUGAUCAAGAAGAGAAGGAAACCUCUCUGUUUAGGCAUAGUGAGAAGCUUGCAAUUGCCUUUGGGCUUAUUGCUAUCAGUCCACCAACACCAAUAAGGAUUAUAAAGAAUUUACGAAUCUGUAAUGAUUGUCAUGCAGCAGCUAAGUUCAUUUCUAGAGCUUUUAAUCGGGAAAUUGUGAUCAGGGAUCGGCAUCGCUUUCACCACUUUAAGCAAGGUUCUUGUUCAUGCACGGACUAUUGGUAGUAAUAUAUUAUACACAACCAAAUAUAUUUCAAUGUUAUUGAUUAUUCACCUUAUUCCCCGAGAGCUUAUCCAGUUCUGGCUGUACAAUAGACAUCUGCUUCACUGCUGCCUGAUAGUUUGCUGUGAAGCUUGAUAGUUUUACAGUUCCAAGUUGCAUGCUGGUGAACCACCAUGGCAGCAAUUAAUUGCUUACUGGCGAUGAUUGAUGCAGCACCACUCUUGUGAGACUUGAAGAUAGUUCCUACGACGAAAAGGAAAACUUGGAAGGCUAAGGCCUAUAAUGAGGCUUUAAGGAACAGUUCCGCUUUGGAGCGGAUUUGCUGUUCUAUUGAGAAUAACGGACACCAAUAGCAUAUAGACAUGUAAGCCCUCCACAUAAUAAGCUCCUGAGCCGCAUAACAGGAGAUCUAGAGAAAACAAAUCCUGCCUUUUGUGUAUGAGCCGCUGCUUUCUCACUUGGCUUACUCCCAGGACUUCUUCUCCACAGCCUUACAAUUUUUUCUUCCCAACACCAUCAACCAUUUCGCUGCCGUUGGGACCAUUUCGCCGUCGCAACCAGACUGCCGUCGUCCUCUGUCUAUCUCCAUCCUCUGAAAAUGAAAUGCGCGUUUUGGAUUGAGCCCCACUUCGAAUUGACAUCCUGCGAAAACCACUUCCUAACCCAGCGCGAUCCUGCAUUGCCUCUCUCUGCCCAGCGCCACCCUGCAUCGCCUCCCUCUGCCCAGCGCCACCCCGUGACACUCCUCCAACGCGCCGCCCCUCCGCAGAGCAAGUACAUAGUGCAGAUCUGUAUAAGCAGGAUCUUCAAGAUCUGGGUUUGAACUUGGUAAACAUUCCACCAAGUAUUUUGAAUGGCUUUGUGGCACUUCUUUCGGAUGGAGGAUUUUGACAAGAUUGGAAGCGAAUACAUGACUAGGAUGCACUGAUUGUAAGUGAUUGUAAGAGGAAAAUAAAAGGGAAAAUGAGACCUGUAAUAUACAUCAAGUAAUAUUUGUUUGAUUUGUGUUUCAUUUGCUGUAAUAUCUGUAUGUGCUGAUAUCAGUGUAGAGCAGCAGUACCAUUAAUCUUGCCAUGCUAUUAACGUGA